AUGUCACUUUGCCUGUAUGAGUGUCUGAGGGCCGUUGGGCUACAGGGUCACUACACCAGAUUUACCUCAGUGGGAGUUUGCCGUGCAGCCCACCUUUCAGCACUGUCCAUGGAGGACUAUCCCAUCCUGGGAAUCCGCUCUAUGGAGGACAGGACUCGACUCUUUAAUCUGGUCCAAAUGGUCAAAACUCUUGACCUUGAAUAUGAAGAUGGUGAUGAUUAUUAUGAUGUUAAUGAUGAAGACUAUGCUGUAGCAGAUGACAGCUUUAGCUAUGAUGAUGAGGAUGAGAAGGGUGCUGGAGUAAAUGCAACCAGUUUUUCCGAUCCAUCAUUCGUUCGCAGACAACUUGAUUUCAGUUCAGAAGGAAUUGAUCAUCAUGUGAAGCUAUUUUCUCCUCCAGAAGACACUGUUCAUGCAAGUACUGAGCCAGGCCGGGGCAAAGGAUCAGCCAGACCUUUGCAGCUUGACACUGGAGGGGCUUUGGUAUGUGGCUGCAAAGGGAAGAGGAACCAAAGGCCAGAUGCCCGUGAAUCUGAUCAUCACACAGCAGCAAACACAGAGCCAAACAUCAUGCAAGGAGAAUCCAUGUACAGCUCUGCCACUAAAUUAUCGCCAAAGUUUGUCUCACUGUGUAAAUUAAACAACAGACCUGCACCAGUGGCAUCAAAUAGUUUUAGAAACAAACCAGUUGGAUGCAAAGACAGAAAAGGAAUCUCUAGGAAGGACAAACUCUGUACAGGAAUAAGCAGUAACGCAGCUACUGAAAAUAAGCCAACACCUGUUUAUGAAUCAAAGAGAACAGCUGGCUACAACUAUGGUCUGCCACUGAGUUCCCCUCCAGCUCCAAACAAAAAGCAAACAGAGGGGCAACGGAUCAGUGUGUGUGUGAGAAAGAGACCUCUGACGCGCACAGAGUACAGGAGAGGAGAGGCAGAUGUUGUCACGACUCCAAGUGGAGAGUGUGUUAUUGUCCACGAAAGCAAAGAGGCAGUGGAUCUCACACAGUACAUACUACAGCACAGGUUCUACUUUGACCAGGUUUUUGGGGAGGAGAGAUCUAAUGAGGAAGUGUAUCAAAGAACAGCAUAUCCUCUGGUGCAGCACAUGCUCAAUGGAGGCAAGGCCACCUGUUUUGCGUACGGCCAGACAGGUGCAGGGAAGACUCACACCAUGUUGGGUUCAUCUCCUAUGAGACCAGGGCUGUAUGCACUGGCAGUCCGGGACAUUUUUGCUGCUCUCUCCGCCACACACACACACUCAGCCUUGCUGGUGUAUGUCAGUUUCUUUGAAAUCUACUGUGGUCAGCUGUAUGACCUGUUGGACCACAGAAAAAGGUUGUUUGCAAGGGAAGAUGGACAGAAGAUGGUUCACAUUGUAGGACUGUGUGAUGUCAGAGUGGACUCUGUCAGCUCUCUAAUGGAGGUGAUUUCACAAGGCACAGAGGAGCGCACACAAGGAGUGAGUGGAGUGAAUCCGCUCUCUUCUCGUUCCCAUGCCGUGCUUCAGAUUCAGCUAAGAGAUCCAAACCAGCAGAUUGCUGGUAGAAUGUGGUUUGUGGAUCUGGCAGGAAGUGAGAGGGCAUCAGACACCAAAGAACCGGACAGGCAGAGUCGCAUGGAGGGUGCUGAGAUCAACCAGAGUCUGUUGGCUCUUAAAGAAUGUAUCCGGUCCCUGGAUCAAGAGCAGCUGCAUACACCUUUCAGACAAAGCAAACUUACUCAGGUUUUGAAAGACUCAUUUGUCGGUGACUCGAUGACAUGCAUGAUUGCCAACAUUUCACCUGGUCACUUAGCAACUGAACACACGCUAAACACACUGAGAUACGCCGACCGGGUGAAGGAGUUGAAGGGACAGGGAGGACAUAGAGGAGGAAAAAAGGGCAAGACAAUACCCUCCCCUAAACAUAAUCUGUUCAAAAGCAGCAGCAGAAGCCACAGUGCUGGCACCCGAGGGAAAAGUCCCCCUAAAAGGCCAAAGUUAGGAAGACAGAGAGAGGAUUUUGGCCCCACCACACCUACCUCGAGAUUGGCCGGAGCAGGGGAUGCAUUUGUCUGCUCCACACCCAAAAAUAACAGAUGGGGAGAGGAAACAAGUGCAAGAACAAGGAAGGAAAUUGGACUUGAGCAUGUUACACCAGUCAAAGGUUUGCUGGGAAUCAGUGAAAAGGUGGAGAAAGCAGGCGGGAGGGAGGGUGGAAGAAAAAGGUGUGGAGUAGCUGACAGUGCAGGCCGCUCAGCUGGUGACCAGAAUGUCGCAGCAAAGCUGGUCCUGGGACAAACAACAGAUAAACAGCUUCACAUGUGGGAGGUACACAACCAUGCAGAUGUCAAAGCCAAAAUGUCUGUUUUACGUCGAGAAGAGAGUGCAGAUUCUCUCAGCUGCAUCAUGGACCCCCUCAGCGUCUCCUUGCUUCAGGUGGACCAACAGGUUGCCACAGACUCAUUCCUCAGAGGGAAACAGAACACCUCACUCUGUUCGCUUGAAAGAAGAAAAGAUAACAGAAAGAAUGGGGAAGAAGGGCAUCGCAAGUGUGAAGAGAUGGCACGGAAAGAUGUGGUUGAAGAGGACGUAGAAUUUCGGCUGUCUCUUUUGGAGUUGCCACAAGCGAAAACCCAGUGCUCUCCUGUCUCUGACACCAUGACAGCUACAAACCACACUAAACAAAGAAAAGACAUGUGCUGCACCCUAGACAAACAUUGUGAAAUAGGUAAGUGUGCAUUCUGA